CGACGUCACGCUGUGGCCCGGCUCUGCCAAGCUUCUCGCGGUUAGGUGGUGGGCCGGGGUCAGAUCUGGAGCCUCAUGGGCUGCCCACCUCCUCCUCCGACGACGACGACGAUGAUUCUUCAGCUUCCACAGUGUCACGCGAGGACGACGACGGCGACGGGGCAGUGGGAGCGGUGAAGGAAGACCGGUGGGUACAGCGCCCGAGGCCGACAAGAAACCCAGUCAUCAGCUCCGCCGGAGAAUGCCAAGACCAGCGGCAUCCAUUGGGGGCUCUUCUUACUUCCCAUGCUAGGAAGGACCGCAAGCAGCGGACAGCGUCGCUUGAUCUAGGCUGUCCAGGUGGUGUUCACAGAUCAUCCACGAAUUCCCCGGGUUUCUUUGUCAACAGCGUGGGGGUGAUGAACAAGGGGUUAGGCGUGUCACCGCAGAGCAGAUCAGGGGUGCUAACCAGCCCAGGAACACCGAGCUACGUCCGGCGUGGCACGGCGGUUGCCGGGUACCAGCAGGGGUGGACUUCCGAGAGGGUGCCCCUGCCUUCAAACGGCCACAUAAGGCAUCCGGGCGGUGGCAGCAUGGCAUUGCCUUACAACAAUGGGAGGGUACUGCCCUCGAAAUGGGAGGACGCAGAGAGGUGGAUCUUCAGCCCGAAUCCCCACGACGCGCUUAGCAGAAACUCGGUGCCGCAGCACCGGCGACCAAAGUCCAAGAGUGGGCCACUUGGACCUCCUGGUAGAUUCGGUGCGCCAUACUCGUCUGUUUCGUCGUCGACUUUGUUGCUUGACAGUUCAGGAGUUGGGAAUCAAGCAGUGCAUUCACCUUUCCUGCCGGGAGUCUUUCUACCAGAGCAUGUUUCUGGGGGUAGUAGCAACUCUGGAGAUGAUAGAAGAGGAGCAUCUGGCGAGGAUAGCAGCAAUGGCCGCGGUGGCAGGUCUGGUCCGGGGAAUGGUGGGUAUCCUUCUGUGUGGUAUACAAGAGCUCACCAUCUAUUCGAUAGUUCGCUCCAAUCUCAGCCAUUGCCUACAUCCCAAGAAUAUGCUCAAGAUGGACAGGUUACAAAUGACUUGGCAACUAGCAAUGCCCCUUUAAUUUUGAGGAAGGAUGUGGCAACACAAACUAGCCCUGACCUUAGCAGAUCCUCUUCUCCCAACACCAGGCCUUCAUUUUCUCGUACACUAUCGGUACAACAAGUCAAAGAAAUGGGGAGCUGUUUCUCUAAGCUUGAAAUCAAGGAUGUGCAGAUGGAUGAUCGGGUCACACUGACAAGGUGGUCCAAGAAGCAUGUAUCACGAGGCUCUGACAAGAACUCAACAAAUAUUAUAGAGUGGAAGAGAAAGACAAUGGAAUCUAAAUCCUCCACCUGGGAAGUAACAGAAACUGCAAAGUGUAUAUCAAAGAUUGACGCAGAGGAAGCAAAACUGACAGCAUGGGAGAGUAUACAAAAAGCCAAAGCGGAGGCAGCAAUACAAAAGCUUGUGAUCAAACUUGAAAAGAAGAGAUCAUAUUCACUGGAGAAGAUUUUCAACACCCUCAGAUCAGCUCAUAGGAAAACACAGGUGGUACGCAGUACAACAACCGCAAAACAUGAUCAGCAGAUCUCCAGGACUGUCAAAAGGACAUCACACCUGAACAAGAAUGGCCAAAUGAGUUCGCUGAGUGGAUGCUUCACUUGCCAAGCUUUCUAGUCUGAUAGUUAAACGAUCAAGCACUACCGUUACUCCCAAGACAGAAACUAGAGGGGAAGUCAUGCUUCUUUGUACAGAACAGCAGACAAUCCCAUAGUGGGAACUGAGUGUCGCCUCAAAGUUUUCUGCGAAUGGCCCAUCUGGAAACAAGGAUCAUAUUCCGGCAUUUAUUUUGUGUUGGUGUUAGUUCUACUAGGGAAACAAAAAUAAAGUUCAUGCAGAAGUAAAGGAGAAACCGUUGAUCAUACAUGGUGCAACUCUAGCGAAUGGUCUAUUGGUUUUCUCUGCACGUAUAUUAAUAAAAUCGUUUUCUGCAUCUUGGCUAGUUGUCUUUCAGGUGCAUUAGAUGUUCUAGUGUACAAAAUUCCAUAUGAUAUUCCAGGUUUUUUUUAUAGCGUGAUAUUCCAGGUUCUUGUAACUUGGAGAACUCAUUGUUCUCUUGUGCU